UCUAAAGGGCACACAUGAUGGCAUGUGCUUGACAAAACAACACCGACGCAGAGCGAGAGGACUUACACUUUCCACCGGGACCGAGUUUUUACAACGACAGAACAUUUCACCUGGGCCGGGACGGGACUUUUGUAUCGAGGAUGAGAGCAUGAGUCCGCCUCAGUGCCUCAUGCGCGACUGCCGUCGAGGAUACCACGACCGGGACUGAUAAGCGUUGCUCCGGUGCUGACCCGCCGUCCCAGUUCGUGCACCAGUACCAGCCCCCGCCGAGGAGAAUGACACCUCUGCCGACCGGCCUGUGUCUCUGUGUCCUCUGGAUCUUUGUGACGGUGACACGGGGCAACUUUGUGGAUCUCCCGCUCAAAGAUCCCAUCCUCUCCAUGGCGGAGGAGGAGACCGUCCUGCCCUGUCGCUACCAGCCCACUGGGGGCAACACGGUGGUGCAGGUCACCUGGUACAAGCAGAAGCAGCAGAUCAUCACCGCACACCACGUUAAUGGACAGACAGCAUUCGGGACGUGGUCUCAACGCGUGCGCUUCAAAAACAGCGAGCCCACGCUGGACUCGUCUCUGGUCAUCAUGAGCACGGAGGUCUCCGAUGAGGGGAAAUACCUCUGCCGCAUCAGCACCUUCCCCUCCGGCAACUUUGACCGAGACAUGUCCGUCGUGGUGUGGACCGUUCCCAUCUCCUCCCUGGACCCUGUGGUUCUGGUGGAGGGGCAGUCCUACCGACAGGCCGCCUCCUGUCGCUCCGUGGCCCGCCCGCCCCCCCGCCUCACCUGGGACACCGACCUGAACGGCCAGGCGGUCGACCGCUCCUCCGACAACGGGGCGGUCUCCUCGCACUUCUCCCUGCACCCCCUGAGGAACAUGAACGGCAAGACGCUGGACUGCCUGGUGUGGCACCCCACCAUGACGGACCCCCGCAGGCUCACCAACCAGCUGGUGGUGCACUUCCCUCCACACGCAGAAGUGUCUGGCUUCAAUGGAGACUGGGCUGUAGGUUUGGAGAACGUUGCCCUGAGGUGUGUGAGUGGAGGAAACCCCAAACCACAGAGUUUCACCUGGAUCAGGAUUGGGGGAGAGCUGCCCGAAGGUGUCAUCCCCCACCCUAAUGGAACACUAGCUUUUGGGAGACCCCUAAGCCAAUCAGAUGGAGGCACCUACCAGUGCGUGGCGAAGAACGGCGUGGGCGUGGGGAAGGCGGAGGUGAACAUUGGUGUGGCAGAGUCGUCGCCGCCCAGCAGCCUGAUGGAGAAAAUGCUGAUGAUCAUCAUGGGGGGGGUGGCGGGGGGGCUGCUGAUCCUGAUGCUCAUCGUGGUCAUCACCCUCACGUGUCACCACAAACGCAAGAACAAGAAGCUGGAGAAGGAGCUCACUGUGAGGAAGGAGGAAAUCAGCACUCUCUCCAGGCAAGCGUCGUUCAGGAGGGUGAACUCCGUCAGCACGGACGCCAGAGGAACGACGGAGGAGAGCAUUCCUCUGAGGGCGGAGGGAACCAUGAGGACCAGCAUGUCCUCCCUCGGGGAGCAGGCCAACUGCAGGGACAGCCCCUCCACCGUGUCGGGGGGCCGGGGAGGAGGAGGAGGAGGAGGAGUAGGAGGAGCGUUCGACUACCUGGGCCGGCCGGUGCUGCACAACAACACGCGCCGGGGGCGAGACAGCAGGCCUCUGGACCGAGAGGAGGAGAGCCGCCUCCGAGUGGAGACAUACGUGAGGAACAGCGCCAUUUCUUUCCAGGAAACCCGUUUCCACCCUCCCCUCCUGCCGUCGGCCUUCCAGUUGGUGCAGUCCACCGAGAUCGUCCGGCAGCUGAACGGCAGCGCCAUCAUGCCGGCGGACGGGGGUUCGAGGCCGGGAAGCGUCGCCAAGAACCACCAGCAGCCUCCUCUGAGCCGCAGCUACCCGGCGGUGACGGAUGACGAGGAUGAAGUGGACGAGGGUCUGGGGGGUCCCGCCAGUCAGGAGCAUCCCGACGACCAGUACAGCGAGACCAACAGCUCCCAGGUGUCCGAGGCGCACAGUACCCGCUACCUGCAGACUAACGGCACACUGAGGCCCAAACGCCAGCCGAGCCCCACCGUGGUCAGUCCUCACGCCUCCCUGGUCCACAAGGCCCAGAUAGUUUAGCGAGGGCAGCUGGACAAAUAACACGUGAAACGGCAAGACUGCGGGUACACAGUAAAUGUCUGGUGAACAAUCUGCACCGCGACGCCAGCUUCUUCAUUGUGUGGGAAUAUGGUGCAAUCGAAUAACAUCUUAAGCGGGGGGGGGGGGGGGGGGGAGGGGAGACUCUACUCUGAAGCAUCUCCUGGACAUUUGUGGAAUUCAAAAUGUCUGCCGGGUGCUCCGUAUUGCUCAGGGCGACUGGCACGAACACAAAAACAAUGUCGCAAUAUUUCCAGUGCAGCUACCACGGCGUUUAUUCGCGGACACUCUUCCUCGCUUGUCUUUCGUCAUCUGUUUUUUUUGCUCUGUAACGAACA